AUGGCUCACACAAACGGCCAGUCAAGAUCUAUUGUUCCUGGGCGGGACGAUCGAUCGCAAACCCCAUCGUCAAUGGCGAGCACGGUGACCCAGGAUGAGAAUAGAGUAAUGGAGGGGGAUCUGGUCCAUACGACGGAAUACAGGUCCGUGCCAUUGGCCGCAUGUCAACCUGACGAGGAAGCAGCCAUCGUCGAUGGCAUCCCUGGAGUGAACCACAGCCUCAUUGCUCCAAAUACGAACCAAGGCGGUACCCUAGCCAAAGUAUCAUCCCUGGUUCGCACCAGGCAAAUUAGCAAGGAAAUCGAGCUUCCGCCUGAUGGCGGCAUCAAAGCAUGGACGCAGGUGGCCCUUGCUCAUAUUGUUACAUUCAACACAUGGGGCUACAUUGCCAGUUUUGGCGUGUUCCAGACGUAUUAUACACAAACUCUGGGACAUCCCCCAUCUGAUAUUUCCUGGGUGGGAAGCGUGCAGAUCUUCCUGCUGUUCUUCGUUGGCAUAUUUUCGGGCCGUGCGACGGAUGCUGGUCUUUUCAAGGCAACUUUAGUGACGGGCGCAGUUCUCGAAGUCUUUAGCAUUUUCAUGACAUCCUUGUCCACGAAGUAUUGGCAACUUUUUUUGGCACAGGGCGUCGCCCAGGGCCUUGGAUCUGGCCUUAUGUUCUGUCCCACCACCUCGUUAGUGCCAACUUACUUCACUAAGAAACGUGCGUUUGCAAUGGGAAUUGUAGCCUCUGGAUCUGCCACGGGAGGACUGGUGUUUCCUGCUGUCGUCAUGCGGCUACUGCCGCGGGUUGGAUACGGAUGGACCAUGCGGACAUUAGGCUUUAUUGCACUGGGAACGCUAAUUCCCUGCCUUGUUUUUCUCAAACAGCGGUUGCCUCCUCGGAGAAGCGGACCCAUUCUCGAAUUGGAGGCGUUCAAAGAGCCUCCAUAUGCCCUCUAUGCGGCCGGCAUGUUCCUGAACUUCUGCGGCUUGUACGUCGGGUAUUUCUACAUUGGCAGUUUCGCACGCAAUAUUAUUGGGGUGUCACAGUCGACGUCGAUUGACCUUCUUUUGGUCAUGAAUGGAAUCGGACUUCCCAUGCGUCUCAUCCCUAGCCUAUGUGCUGAUCGUUUCACGGGUCCCUUGAAUAUCUUGAUUCCCUUCAGCCUAGCUACUAGUCUCGUGACAUAUGGAUGGCCCGGGGUCAAGAGCCUGGGAGGAUUGUAUGCCUUUUCAGUGGUAUACGGCGCAGCUGCUGCAGGCAUCCAGAGCUUAUUCCCAGCAACACUCAGCACUCUCACUACGGAUCUGAGUAAGAUUGGUGUGAGGAUGGGGAUGGUGUUCGGGGUGGUCGGGGUCGCAGCCCUGAUCGGCUCCCCGAUCGCCGGGGCUCUUAUCCAGAGUGAUGGUGGACAGUAUCUCUAUGCCCAAAUGUUCAUGGCCUCCUGCAUUUUCGCAGGCGCUUCAAUCUUAGUAGCCACGAGAGUAGCAAAGGUGGGAUUCGCCUUGCGACUUCGGGUGUAG